GAGGUGAAGGCCAUUGGGGUAUUUACUCACCAGUUGAGCUCUGUGGAGAUGCCCCAAGAACGUCAUGCCUGGGGAAACACUGCACAGUGAACUGUGGUUAUUUUAAGGCAAUUGCUUAUUGGCACCAAAUUAUUUGCUUUGCCUCUGAAGAAAGCUCUUCACCUGUGGGACACACAGAUUUCUUUGUGCAAGGACUGGUCACUUGAUGGUGAAGAGCAAAUAAGCCCUAAGCCCCUGGUCCUGCUGCCAACCACAGGCCAGGUUUGGGUCUCCUGCCUCCACCCCCUCACCUGCUCAGCCUUAUAACUUUGAGGCUGGGCACCCCUGCAGCCAGGCCAAACCAGCCAGCUCUGUGCUGCACAGGGUCCAGAGACAGCAUGGCUACCCAGUGCCUUUGUCUCCUACUUUUGACCUGCCUGCUGGCCCUGGCAGCAUCUUUUCCUGAUGUUGACAUAAGAAAUUUGUACCUGCUCAAUGGCACCAUGGAUGACAUUAUGAAUGCUCCCCCACAGCCCUCCCAGCUCGGUGACGGGGACGGACACGUGCGGCAGGUCCGGGACACGGCGCACCGCGCGCCCGCCGGCCACGCCUCAGCCUGGCCCAAGGACUGCAGUGAGAUUCCCCGGGGCAGCCACAGCGGUGUGUACAUCAUCCAGCCCAAGGGGCUGCACCACCUGGUGGUGUACUGCGAGAUGAACGUCACCCACGGGGGCUGGACCGUCAUCCAGAGGAACCAGAGGGACACUCCUGUCACCUGGGCCGAGUCCUGGAGCACCUACAAGUUCGGCUUCGGCAACGUGCGCACCGAGUACUGGCUGGGCACCGAGUACAUCCACCAGAUCGCCAAGCAGAAGGUCUACCAGGUCCGGUUUGUCAUCCAGGACUCUGCUGACACCUUCAGCUUCGCAGACUACAACCUGUUCAGCGUGGAGGAUGAGACCAUGGGCUACAGGCUCAGGCUGGGCUCCUACAACGGCACAGCUGGGGAUGCCAUGACCUCGGACAACCCCAACAACAUGCAUGACAACAUGAAAUUCUCCACCAAGGAUCGGGAUCAGGACACCUACAGCAAGAACUGUGCCUACAGCUACGAGGGGGGGUGGUGGUACUCGUCCUGCUACUCUGUGCGGCUGAAUUACAAGGGUGGCAUGACGUGGGGCAACCUGUGCAAGGGGAACUGCAAAUCCUCUCUUAUCCUCAUCAAACCAGCUUCAUACUGUUAGUGCUUCCUCCUCCUGUCCACAGUGGGCACUCUGCAAAGGCUCUGCAUGGCCACAGAGUGUGAGCCUCUCUGGAGCAGAGCUGGGAGCACCAGGGUAGCAGGGCUUUAGUGAAAUGCCACUUUACAAUCCCCCACUCCAAUUGCAGACUCCCCUCUGCUCAGCUCCAUGCUCCAUUCCCCUGUGCUUGCCAAUGAUUCCUUGUUAUUAUGUGCAUAAUCAAGAAUUUAAAAAACACUUAUGAAAUUUGUGGAUUCCACGUGUACCUUCUCUGUAGGAGGAAGAUGCACAGCCCUGGAGUUACAUCAGUUUCCUUGCUGUCUCCAGAGCUCACAGAAAGCAAAAAAGCUGCAUGCCCCAAAUUUCAUGUACUCUGAGCCCCUCUGCAGUGUUUGAUAAAGCAUCCAAUAAACAUGCUUGCUUGAGCUCAUUCUUCA